UAUUUAGAUGAGCAACACGGUUUUUGGUUUGAAGGCGCUCCGGGCUGUGCAGGCAGCUCACGGAUGCCACUGUAGCCAUAGCAACGCGCCGCGCGCGCGGUCUCUCCGCCACGAUUGGUGUCGUCGGGAAGAAGUAAAUCCGCGCCGCCGCGUCUCCGCCUUCACACUCUGAUCUCCGCCCGGUAGAAGAGCCGUUUCACCACCAUGGACGAAGCGGAGGAGGGCGACGAGGACUGCGGACGUGAGCGGCUUCCGAAGCUCGACAGCGGAGUGUUAGCUGACCCUUCCAGGUCUAGGUGUUUAAUGCCAGGCGGUGGAGCAGCACCGAGCCAGACGUCUAACAGCGGCGGCGGACCAAACGAGCUCCGUGCGUCGCGCGAGACGGACCGUGCGCCCGUCUCUCUGUGCCAGGGCGACGCGUGCGGCUUCGGCUUUGGAUUCAGUUUCACGAGCAACGACGACGACACGAGGACCUCGGCCACUAGUGUUGAUGUGGAGCAAGAAGACGGAGGCGAGGAAGAGGAGGAGGAGGAGGAGGUGGAGGAGGACGUCGGCAUGAGACGCGCCGUGAACGGAGACUGCAGGAGAGACACGAGCUCGCCUUCACUCCUCUCCAAACAGGAGAAGCAGACAGGUGGCUCGGUCACACCCGAGGAGAGAAGAGCGGGAAGCGCAUGCCCUUCCGCCACCAUGGACGGUUCGAUUACGCCCGUCGGCACCGGAGCCGCCGAGACGGAGAAGAAGGACCCUCGGGUGGCGUUUUCGAGCUCAAAUCCCGCGCAGACCGCCACGCUCUCCAAAGCUGAGGACGGGCAGAUGACAACGGAGGAUGGAGAAGUCAGGGACAGUCAGACCUACAUGCAACGGCAGUUCAGCUCUAUGCUGCAGCCCGGAGUGAAUAAAUUCUCCCUGCGCAUGUUCGGCAGCCAGAAGGCGGUGGAGAAAGAACAAGAGCGGGUCAAAUCUGCUGGGAACUGGAUCAUCCACCCGUACAGUGACUUCAGGUUCUAUUGGGACUUCACAAUGCUGAUGUUUAUGGUGGGCAACUUAAUCAUCAUUCCAGUUGGCAUCACCUUCUUCAAAGACGAAACCACCACCCCCUGGAUUAUCUUCAACGUAGUCUCAGACACUUUCUUCCUCAUGGACCUGGUGCUCAACUUCCGAACGGGCAUCGUCUUUGAGGACAACACAGAGAUCAUUCUGGACCCUAAAAAGAUCAAGCAAAAGUACUUGCGGACUUGGUUUGUAGUGGACUUCAUCUCAUCUAUUCCUGUGGAUUAUAUUUUUCUCAUUGUGGAGAAAGGCAUGGACUCUGAGGUUUAUAAGACAGCGAGGGCUUUGCGGAUCGUGCGCUUCACCAAAAUCCUUAGUCUGUUGCGGCUUCUGAGACUUUCCAGACUUAUCCGUUACAUCCACCAGUGGGAGGAGAUCUUUCACAUGACUUAUGACCUUGCGAGUGCUGUCAUGAGGAUCUUUAACCUGAUAGGGAUGAUGCUGCUGCUGUGUCACUGGGACGGAUGCCUGCAGUUUCUGGUGCCGAUGCUGCAGGAUUUUCCCUCUGACUGCUGGGUUUCCCUCAACAAGAUGGUGAACGACUCAUGGAGCGAGCUGUACUCCUUUGCCCUGUUCAAGGCCAUGAGCCAUAUGCUGUGUAUUGGCUAUGGACGCCAGGCCCCGGAGAGCAUGUCUGAUAUCUGGCUCACCAUGCUGAGCAUGAUUGUGGGAGCCACCUGUUACGCCAUGUUCAUCGGCCAUGCCACUGCGCUCAUCCAGUCACUGGACUCGUCACGCCGUCAGUACCAAGAAAAGUACAAACAAGUGGAGCAGUACAUGUCCUUCCACAAACUUCCUGCUGAUUUCCGGCAGAAGAUCCACGAUUACUAUGAACACAGAUACCAAGGCAAGAUGUUCGACGAAGAGAGUAUUUUAGAGGAGCUAAAUGAGCCACUGAGAGAGGAAAUUGUCAACUUCAACUGCCGCAAGCUGGUGGCCUCCAUGCCACUUUUUGCAAACGCUGAUCCCAACUUUGUGACAGCCAUGCUGACCAAACUCAGAUUUGAGGUCUUUCAGCCGGGGGACUACAUCAUUCGUGAGGGGACCAUCGGCAAGAAGAUGUAUUUCAUCCAGCAUGGGGUCGUGAGUGUCCUUACCAAAGGCAACAUAGGCAUGAAGCUCUCUGAUGGCUCUUAUUUUGGAGAGAUUUGCCUGCUGACUCGGGGGAGACGCACGGCCAACGUUCGUGCAGACACAUACUGCCGCCUCUACUCGCUCUCUGUGGACAACUUUAAUGAAGUUUUGGAGGAAUAUCCAAUGAUGAGGAGAGCCUUUGAAACCGUGGCCAUCGACAGACUAGAUCGGAUAGGCAAAAAGAACUCCCUCCUGAUGCACAAAGUUCAACAUGACCUAAACUCUGGAGUUUUCAACAACCGCGAGAAUGAGCUAAUUCAGGAGAUUGUGAAGUAUGACCGGGAAAUGGUGAAACUAGUGGAUCUGCAAAGACCAAGGGCCAUGUCAGCCACUCAGUCCACUCAUGGGACCAUGUUUCCUUCUGCCAAUCAGCCUCCAACAGGCUCAGCCAUUGCCACCCUGCAGCAGGCUGUAGCCAUGAGUUUUUGUCCCCAGAUGGCCAACCCCCUGGCAACCCAUGGGGCUCUCCAGUCCCCUCGCAUGGUGCGUCGUUUCCAGGUAGUCCAAAGCCUCUCUAGCCCUGGGACACAGCAGACUCCACCAGGUUCACAGUUCUCCAUCACUGCUCUGCCCUCUGCCCUCACCGGCACGCCUGUCCAGAGUCCAUUGGCUACCGGCGGUCGAACAUUCCAGUACAGCUCCAGUCCCAUGGGUGCUCCAUCAGGCUCCCAGCUCUCCCUGGUACAGCAGCACAUCUCCAGUCCCACACACCGAGCAACAGUUCCCAGGAGCGCGAUGACCCAGGAUGCCAGGGCCCUCUCAGCCUCCCAACCAUCUUUGCCCCAUGAUGCCAUGCAACCAGCUGCCCCAAGCCCACCCCAGUCUACAAGAGUUUCCUCCACCUCAAUUGGACCAGGUCAUAAUCUCCCAGGGCCCACAGGCUUCAGGGCUGCCAUUCCUCCCAGGAUGACACUUCAGCACCAGAUGUCUGUGGGAGCAUUCCCACCUGCCUCCCUACCACAAAUGAGGCCAAGCCAGGACUCGGGACUGCCCAAGAAAGAUUCAGUAGUCAGCCUUCCAGAGACAGAGCAUCAUGUUAGAUCUAGAUUAUCUUCCAAUUUGUGACCUUGAUGGAGCUGGGUGUGUACGUAUCUCUUCCUUCAGCAAGUACAUUUCUCAACCCCUUGUCAUGCCCUGGAUCUUACUUUAAGAAUGUACAUGGUUCAUAUUGUGACAAGGGGGGUGACUAGAACUGCCAGACUUGACAGCAUACUAUUAACCAUACAAAGUCUGUAAAAACUGAAGAUUUAAAUAUCACAGAGAUGUUUCUGUUGUACCCACCAACAUAAAUAUCAAUGUAGCUUCUUCCCACACACUUUGCCUCUUCAUAAUUGCUUACUUUUAUUGUGGUUGUAUACAAACAUUGCAAGAAUCAGUUCCCUACUGUACACGGUAGUUCAAAUAAUACAGUGUAGAGUGGAAUGCAACAAGGAACAAAGGUAACAUGUCUCUGAUUACUAUGUAACUCUUUACAAAAGUGUUUUUGCAAGUCUCCUCCAACAUACUUGGAGUGGUUAGUGUUUUUAGUGUUUUUACUUAUGACUGAGCAAUAUUAAAAUGGCUAUAGAAAAUGCAAGAAAGGUGUAUUUGACCAAGGGUGUAUUUGAACGUUAUUCAAUUUGAAAGCACUGGUACAGAAAUGGAUUUAAUUUCCUCCUUUCUGGACCAAAGUUCACAGAAAAAAAUGUUAAGUGUUUGAACAACUGAAAUGAAAAGAGGGGAACAUAAUUUCAUUGCCUUGAUUUUCACUUAGAAGCCAUAUUUUGUCCAGGCCUGUGUGUGUGUGUGUGUGUGUGUAUGUGUGUAUUUUAAAUAUUCAAGCAGUUAUUUGUUCAUAUUUAUAGCCUAUGGCAACAUUCUACAUUAAAAUUAUUAUUAAAUAUAAAAAUGAAAGGAAAACCCCUAAAAUAUCGAUGGAUUUAAUUACAAUGGAAACAGGAAAUGUAGAUGGAGAGACACACAAUACUGUAAAUACAUUUUUUCCCAUAUUGGUGGCUUUUACAGCGCUGCACCCGAGUUAGGUGCCAAAUUUAACCUCACUUGUGAAUAUCAGUGGAAAUUAAUCAACGAUUCUGGAAAGAUUAGACCGAGUUAGAUAUUUUGCACUCUAAUGUAAAGGAUGUAGCAGCAUUCAACAUGCACAGUCACUCUGUAUAAGUCAACAGAGAAAAGUCUUAUGGGCUAGUAUUUAUAAAAUGCUCCUUAGCAUUGCAGAAGGAGAGACAAUGUAAUGUGAACCGAGUGUGAAAUACAUGCUGCUAGUUCUUUAGUGAUUAUAUCCAGUGAAACAUGUUAGCACACUUUAUGCAACAAUGAGUCGUUCUGUGCUCAUGCGCUACCCAUUUUUCAGCUUCACAAAAUAACCGACUGCGUAAUUUCCAUUCUCUCACUGUUAAUGAUUCAAAUGUGUUUCUUUUCAUCACUGCACUGUUUGAAGAUGGCUGGCUGUAAUCUCCCCUGUGGCUCUCCCAUUCCUGUUGCUUUAGUAAUGUCACUGCUCAAGGCCUGUUACAUGUAAUACUCAUGUCGUGUGAAGGCUUCCUGUUUGAGGGUAAUAUAAGCCAGCAUUGUCUUGCUCAUGACCUUUGAAAGCGGCUAAUGUCUGAAUACAUGGAUUAAAAUAUAGUUUCAAAUCCCUUUUUUUUUUUACAGUUUGAUUUUAAUAUUCUGGCCCUGUAAGAUAAAUCUGUUAAAAACAUCCCCAUGUGCCCCUUGUGUAUGAAGGUUAAAGUGUAAAACGGUUAAACCUGCUGGCUGGUAUGCUACCACCUAAAAAUACUUACAACCCAAUAGCACUGCAAGAGAACAUUCUUCUUUCUUCAGACAUUCGACAAUCUCCCAACUAGUCUAUACUGUUCACCAAAUUAAAGAAAAAAAAAAAAUUAAAAGCAAUAAAAAUCUUUCCAUGUUUGACCAAAAGAAGCACGGAAGGUAGACUGAUUGCUGUUCACCAUUGAAAUGAAAACAUGCCACAGGUUUUGCUAUGCAUUCAGGCUGGGGAUGACUUCUGUUCUGUGGUUUAAGUUCAUCUUUCAAUAAAGAGAGGAAGAGUUUGGUUUGACCUUAAUGUUUCUUUUUUGUAAUUUUUUU